GCUUCCCUUUCUCUCUUUUGCCUUCUCCCGCGCCCGCUUUUGCCAGGCGCCCGUUCUUUUACCUAAUAUCCUUCCCUAUUGACUAGAGUUCCCCCUUUUUGCGAGCGUUUAGACUCGAUUGGCGCUGGCGCAAUUAGAGACUUUUUGGUAGAAAGAUGCGGACCAUGGUCCGCCAGCUUCCUCCUCCGCACCUCAAACUGCCCCAUCCGUCUGCGAGCACUCCGAGUUAUCGCUUCGUCGACGUGGUCAGUCAGGGGAAUCAGUACGCCGGCGCGGUUGGUGAUAGGCUUAUUCCUGCGAUUCCGGGGUUUCGAACCAGCGCUGCCUUCCUCACCUCCCUCAGCGCCAACCUCCGCCUCACCGACGACGACCUCGUCCCGUCCCCCAUGUCCACCCCACCCAGCAUGCGCAGCAGCACCGCGCACCACCUCCCGCCGCCCUCGCCGCUCUCCGUGCCACCCUCGACCGCUCUCGCCUCCUCCGCCGAGCUUCCCAAAUCCACCACCACCACCUCCACCAACGAGCCCCCGUCCAACAACCCCGAACUCGCCGCCCUCCCCGAGCUCCGCACCUACGCCGCCACCACGCCCGCCGACCGCAUCGCGGGCCUCAAGCUCGUCGCCGACAGCGUCGCGCAGCAGCGCCAGCUCACCUCGCGCGAGCUAAUCUUCCACCCGCUACACCUGGCCGCGCUGACGCUGGUCCUCGCGCUCGUGGCGCAGUACCUGUACGCCAGCGCCGCCGACCUGGUCCUCGUCGGCACGACGUGCGGCGGCGUCGUCAUGGCGUGCCUGGCGGCGGUGCGCUGGGUCUGCGGGGGUUACAUCUUCCACGCCGAGACGAUUAACUGGGAGUGGCUAGGGGACGAUGAGGUGGUGGUGGUAAGGUGGGGGGAGGAGGUGAUUGGGGCGCUGGUGCUCGGGUGGAGCGAGGAGGGGGGAGGGGCGAAGCGGGCGAGGGGCAAGGGGGCGCGGAGGGGGCUGGGGCUUGUGCGGGGGUGGACGGUGCAGCAGAAGUAUCGCGGGAAGGGGGUUGGGGAGAGCUUGCUCGAGGAGGCAGUGAGGGUGGCCGGGGAGAGGGGGGUUAAGGGGGUUGAGUUUGCGGAGGAGCAUGCUAAUUCGUUGAGGAUUCUGCCGGCUUUUUAUAAUGGGUUUUUGGAUCGGAGGGAUGCGAGGGCGGCGAGGGCGUUGGAGAAGGUCGCGAGUGCGAAGGGGAGCUUUGGGAAGAGGAGAUGAAGAGUGUUAGAUGGAUAAUAGAGGGUCUGGGAGAUGUAGAGCGGAGCUUCAAUAGAGAGUUGCUUGGGCCGCAUCUCUAUGCCGUCGUGAAUCUAUCCUCUUCGAGAAACUUGGUCCAGCUCGGACAGUACUACGAUUGAACGAAUAUGAAAUAGUGC